GUCACAUUUCUAGGCGAUGAAUAAAACCAGUGCGUGUCUGUGAGCAUCUGGCUCCUUUUUGACUCAGUCGGCACAAGACCACAACCGAGCUCGCGCAUGUAGCCCUUGCCCCCCAUGUUUUAGUGCACCAGGGCUCUUUCUCUUUGUCUGGCCCUCGUUUUUCUCUCGUACGCUGCGUUUCUUGAUAUAUGCUUGUUACACAGGUGCGCCUUACGACGUGCGACACUAGCGUCUUCCCUGUACCCCCGCAACACCACUAGUGCCGCCCCCGCCCCCUACUUGGUCCAUGUCGCUUUUUUUUCGUAUUCUGUUUAUCUGCAAGUGUUUUUCGUUCGGAACUUGCUGUCUCAGUCGGAUACAUCAUUUGCGCCUCUUUACUCGUACACAACGGGACCAGGGGCGAGCAAAGUUUUCUAAGGAAAACAUUUAUUUGAGCCGCAUCACACAUUUGCGUAGGAUUUUUCCCCUUGGACCCAACAAAAACUGCAACACGCUUGCUCCCGACAGCUUCGACAGUCGUCACGCUGCCACAAUUUCUCGUGAACAGAGGGCUUUUUUUCUCGCCGAUGAAGUUUGUUCUCGGCACUCGUCAAGUCGGGUUACUUCUUUCGUCGCCAGCGUCAAAGGACGCAUUGCCGAGACGACGGCGGGUUUUUUGUUUGAGCGAUUCGACUUGAAGCAUUAAGAAAGUCCGGUAGAAACCAUGGACGGUGGGCCGGGCGGCCUUCCGCAUGGGGGAGGAUACCCUCCAGGGUUCCCGGGUUACGGACCGCCUCUUCCUGGAAUGCAAGAGGCGAUGUUCCACGCGCACCAGCAGGCGGCCUACUGGCAUGCCUUCUCGCCGCUGCUGGGGAACGCAAGUGGGAUUCCUGCGUGUUCGUACGGUGCCGCGGGCUCUUCCGCUCUCCCCAUGCCCUUUGCUUCCGCAGCAGCUUUCCAGUAUGGCGCUCCCUCGGCGGGACUGCACUCAGACAAACAAAUGGACGCCAGUUUUCAAACCCAGGGGCAGGCUUCGACGGCGUACGACUCCGCUGCUUCGUCCGCCUCCCUUGUUUCCUGUCAUGCUCCGUGUGAAUCUGUGGAAGCGAAUGCAGGGGCUCCGCCUACCGGCACGUACGCACCAUUCUCUGGGAAUUCAUUCCCAGAAAAGGCUGCGCCUCAGAGAGCCUCAGUUGCUGAGCCUCUGUCGACUACCUCCUCUUCUUCGUCUUCUUCAGCUGCGUCCGCUCCAGCAUCUUCCUCAACCCGCCACACGACGCCUGCGACGCCUGCGACGCCUCCGCCUCUCUCUCGGUCGUCCCUCUCGUCCACGGAGAACCCUGCAGUCGGUAAAACGUCUGCCGCGGCUAGCGGCCGGAGUUCGUCGGGAGGCGCCGGACAGUCUUCGCGUUCUCCGAACUCGAGGCCAGUCGACUCAAACGCAGCUGUUCCAGAGAAACUUACCUGUGCCGCUUCCUCUCCCUCCUCUCCUUCCAAUGCGCAUGCGGCCGCUGCGUCACGCCUUGCCCCCCUCCCGUACACGCCAGAGCCACCCAGCCAAGUAGACCUCCCAGACACAGGCGUGAGCAGUGGGACAGCUUCGUCUUUGUCUUGUGCGGCCUCGCCAGAGUCUCAGGAGGGCACUCCGGCGGCCAAGAUGCAUGCAGAGAAAGCCAAGGGUCCUGGAGGCUUGCGCCGCGUCAGAGUCCCGCAGCUCCGGUUUCGCAAGAAGGCGGCGAAUGACGCUUUUUUCUUGAAAACCUUCUCGAAAGUCUCUGGAAAAAGAGGGGAACCGCUAGUCUGGUGCAAGCGAAGGGGACGGCCCUGGUGGCCAGGCCUCCUCGCGAACCCUGACGACCCCCACCUCGUGCCACCGCUUCCUGAGCGAGUCCGUGCGAAACAGCCUUCGAGUGACAAAGACGGAGAGAUUCGUCUUCUGUUCCUCUGCUGCGGAACGUGGCGCUACUGGUGGGCGAGCUCGAAGGGCGUUCGCGACUUUCGCGAAGGAUACGCAGACCUCGCGCCCCGCGUCCGCGGCCUUGGUUUUCUCCCGCGCCUCGCAGUGCAGCAUGCGCUGGAGGAGUGUGGUUGGAGAGACAACGUCGACUGGUGUCCGAGCAAGACGAUUGUUGCGGCGGCGCAGGCUGAGGAAGUCGAGGACGAGGACGGAGAAGGGUGGCUUACAGAGAAUGCCUGUUCUUCAGACUCCGAGGAAGAAGAUGACGGCUUCAUGGACAACGAUUGGUGGGAAGGCCGGAAGAUUCCGACCGCUGCAGGGAACCCCAGCGAGCCGGAAGAGGCCUCGAAGGCAUUUGUGGAGCGUGCGGCUUCGUCACGCAGAUCGGCUAGGGUCGAGGAGGUUCACCCUGAUGCACGCGAGCGGCAAGCGACUCCGCAGACAGAAGGCCCUCAAGAGGGAACCGGUAAGGCUUCACCGUCUUCUCUGACUUCCGCGUCUCUACAGGGGAUCGCUUCUGAAGCGCCUCCAGGGCUACCAGAUGCGGAGGCCGCGUGGACAGGCGAGGGAGAGCGGCCUGAGGGCAGGCGCGGAGUGAAGAAGAAAGACAGCGGCCGAGAGUUUUUUCCGGGGGAUGAGAUGCUUUUCGAAAGGGACCGAAAGAAGGCGAGGGAAACCGAGUCUGGCCAGAAGCCGGACAAGAACGUGUCGGGUCCCGUUCGCGACCCAGAAGCCUGUCGCUCGAUUCGCUUAGGCGCAGCUCGAGGCCUGGUUCUUGCGCCCGCCUCCUCACCGGCGACAGAGGAAGCAGGCCCCAAGACUUCUUCUUCUCUGACAACGUCUGCGUUUGUGAAAGGCUCUCAGAACGUAUCGAGUCGUCAUGUCGAAACUAGUUCAGUCCGUUCGUCAGCCAGCAGAUUCGAUGAAUCGCAUGUGGAGUCGAACGCACGACUGCAGUCGCCGCGACGCCCCGCCCACGCCUCCCACCCGCCUUUCGUCUCCGAAGACGAGUGCGAAAGCAAGAAGAUGAGCCCGAUGUGCGUGGACAGCCCAGAGCGUGAGAUGUUCCUGGGUCAAACCGCAGAAGUGGCUGAACUCAGCAAGGCUGGUUCAGUGUCCGCGUUUGUCCUCGACGCCUCGGGGUCGUCAGCCGAGCCUUCUCCACCUUCUCUGUCUUAUCCAGGUGAUCUAGCGAAUUCAGAGGUCUCGUCAGUGACUCCGUGUCCCGCUGAUAUUCCCCGUCCUUCUAGUUCUCCCUUUUCCAUGUCGUUCUCUGGCCGCAGCAAGGGUACCUCGCAGAGUCGCGCUGGCCCCGCAGUGGAACCUCCAAAACUGCCAGACCCUCCUACUGCCGCUGUAGCGGUCGGGGACUCUCCGGCGCCCACCAGUGCCGGCGCAGCUUCUGGAGCUGUCUCCGGCCCUUUGGGGCGAGCUGAAGGCGGGGCUAGCGACGAGACUGGCGCCAAGAAAAACGCAUCUGGUGUCUCGUUGGGCGCCUCCACUGCGACAGCCGAACGUUCAGCCGACGCGUCCAGCGCUUCUGUCACGCCAGCGGCGCAGGCGCCUCAGUCCUGGCCCGAGACCAUCUGGCAUAGACUUCGGAGACAGGCCGAGGCGGCGAAGAAGGAGAGACCGCAGUCUCCUGCUCUCCCGAGGUCCUUCGCCGCCUCAACUCCGGUGGGCCAGGCCCGGCCUGCCGAGAGCGCGCAGGAGACUCCAGCGAUUCCGACCUACGGGGCCGUGAUUGCCUUCGGCCAAGAGAAGCCAGCGGGACUCAAAGAGACACUUCACCCACCCCACAUCCGAGCCGCAGCAGCUGCAGGGGCCGCCGCCGCCGCCAUGGCCGCUGCCGCGGCUGCGUCGGCGGCAGCAGAAAAAACCCAACGCCAAGAAGCUCUGAGUCUCCAGGCCUCACAGGCCCUCCCGGAGACAGCUGUAGGGGCCAAGACAGCUGCGAGGUUGGAGACAGCUGUGGGCUCGGGGACAGGGGUGGGAUCGGGUCCCGAAAACCGGAUCCCAGAGGAGGUGGCGAAGGCUGCUGCAGCGGCUGCAGUGGCAGCAGCUGUCCAGGUGACUGUUGGCGUGUUGGGACAUGGCAAGAAGGGAGAUGAGAAGAAGAAGGUGCCGGGAGGUGGGCACAGGGGGAGAGAGUCAGAGACUCUUCCGAAGGGAGGGCGGAGCCCGCGAGAAAGCGAAGACUCCGAGGCUGGCAAGCGUCGCCGAGCGUCGCGUCGGAGAGGCUCCAGUUCGAGCUGGGACGAAGACUCUCGCGCAGAGGGCAGCUGUCGGCGAGGGCGUGGAUCGAGCCGCUCUGUCUCUGUGUCUUCUCCUUUUCUUCUCUCUCAAAGACACCGUUCUCGUCCGAGACGCGACUGCACCCUCGGAUCCAGGCGUGCCCUCAAACACUCGAGGGGCCGCAGGCGGGGGUCGUCGGGCUCUUCUUCUGUGCACUCUGUUUUGCGGGCCUCUUCGUCUCUCUCUUCCGCACCCUCCCGCUUGAAAUGGAGGAGGCGUCGAGAGAGGCCGCGGCGGAGCCCUUCCAGAAGUAGGUCGACCUCCUCCCGAGGGGACAGACGGAGACACAGAGAGAGACACGUGGGGAGCCCUGAAAAACGAGGCUAUCUGAAGAGGUGGAGCAGUCGAGAGUCUUCGUGUCGGAGUACCGACGGCGUCCGGAGAGGGGAAGACGGAAAAAAGAAAGAGGGGAGAAGAGGCAACAGGAGACGAGAAAACAAAAGAAGAGAGGACAGAGAAGAGGGGGGGAGUUCCAGGUGCUCGGCUUCGAGCGGAUGUUCGGCGAAGUUCAGGGAUGGCAGCUCCGGCAGCUGGAGAAGAGUCGAUAGGGGACGCGGAUGGCACUCUCCCUGGCGGGAGCGAGGAGACAGGCGGGACGACUGGGGCCACAAAUCGGCUCGGUUUUCUCGUUCUUCCUCGUCCUCUUCUGCGGGGUUGAAGCUAGCAGCUGGGCGAAGAGAGGCGGACUCUCCGGACAGCAGCCGUCACGAGGAAGGGCCCUUAGCCUCUGGGCGGCGCUGGGCCAGACGGGGACGAACGCGGCGAGAGGAAGCCUCGCGCAAAAGGUGCAGCGACGGGAGAGAAGGAAUGAACUCCUCCUUGGAGAGGUCACCAGACCCUCUCUCGCCUUCUUCGAGAAGGGCGCUAGGAAGGCCGGACGAGAGAAAGGAGACAGUUGCGAUGGGUCCGACUCUAAAUUCGGAGACGGCCACAACACCCCCUCCCACACAGUCGCUGUCUCCUCCGGUCCCUUCCGUCUGUUCUGCUUCAGCGCCUUUGCAUGGAGAAGGCACUUCUUCUUUUCUUCCCGCUUCUGGUUCUUGCACUUCAAACGAAGCAUCUGUCUGUGUCACUGCGGCGUUGCCAGAAAGGGAUGCGAAAACCUUCCAGGCGACCUCAGCACCGUCUUCUGGCACCCCCCUCUCUUCUUCUUUCUCUCCCUGCGUCUCGGCGGCGGCUGUGUCCUCCCUGAAUGCUGCGCCUCAGAGCGGUCCAGGCGUCUGGCCCGAAAGCGCGCUCGAGGCGGCGGGAGGCGUGGAGACAAGAGAGGCAGAGAGGAGACCCUUGUCUAGCCUAUCCGAGACCGGACUACCUUCUUCACCCGCUCCGAUCAGUGCGCUCCCGCGCCCGCCUUGUCACCUGUUUGUCUCCGCGUCGACUGCCAGUCCGUCUCAGUCUUCCUCUGCGGCUCCAAACUCUUCCGCGAGAGACGCGAGUGCACCCCGCGAUGGGAGGCCUCCUGGGCUCUCGGUCUCCGAGGGCGGAGACGCGAGAAGCAAACAUAGAUUCAGCCGCGGAUUCCCCUCCUCCAAAUCUGUUAGCGCGAGUCCGCUGAGCCGCAGCAGUCGGAGUCCCUCCUACCUCUCUUCGUCCUCGCCGUCCCGCGAGAGAUGGACACGAGGGCGGAGCCACGCGUCGAAGCACCGGAGACGGCGCCUGCGUUCUCGUUGCUCUCGCCGCAGCAGAUCUCCUUCGGGUUCUCCUUUGUGUGAACAAAGUCGAGAUAGAGAAAGCAUGGGCAGUCAAACCCCAGAGAGGCGUUCGAGAGGCCGCGAGGCGCGGGAGAGACGCGGAACGUUUCCCAGGAGAGGAUACAGACGUGGCUCUUCCUCCGAGUUCAGUGGGUCGUCGCGGCGGUCGCCGAGUCGAAGUCAGAGAGAAUCAGAGAGCUCGUACCUCUCGUUCGCUGCGCGGCGAGUGCGUAUGUUGCAUGCGCAGGGGCGCUGUCUGCCUUGCCGGUUUCACUGGAGACGGGGGUGUCGGAACGGAGACGGAUGCAAGUUCUGUCACGAUUCCUCCCACGAUCGCUUCAUGCUGGGCCGCGAGCCCGAGCGCGGAAGCAGCCGCUCUGCGUCGAUGGGGGGCUCGCGAGAGAACGGAGGCCCUGAGGGGGGUCUCUCUGUCUCUCUGGAGAACCGGGUCGAGGCGGGAGAAGGCCCCUGGGGCUUCCUAGGCGAGGACGGGGUCCGGGGUCGGGGCCUGCGUCGCUUCAGGCGGUCGUCCUUCGGUUUCUCGCGCCCGUUUCUGCCUCGGGGCGACGGGGCCUUUCGCGAGGAAACCAGGCCUUGCCAGGCCUGGCGAGAGAAACGGCCCAGGGCGAUUGGGAACAGUCUGGAAAGAGAGGGUGGGCGAAGUGCCGAGACCGAUGUAAAGCGAGGCAGUUGCGUCGAAAGAGACGAAAGGUGGAUGGAAGGCGACCAGUGCAGUCUGGAAAGCAAUCCAGAAGAGGGAAAUCGCGUCGAGAGGGCGCCAAAGAGGUCGAAGGAGACAGAUGAGGGCAGCGGUCACCAGACCGAGGAACCGGGGCAGGCGAUUCCAGCGGGUGAGAAGGCGUUGGAUUUGACUGUCACAGAAGGAGGGGAGAAAAACGAGGGAGGAGAAGAGGGAGGAAGGGCCAGCGUUGAUGACCAGCAGACGCCAGGUGGUAUAGGUCUGGGAGACAAUGUGGAUAUCUUCCACGUUCCAUGUCCACUCGAAGAAAUGACGUUCGGAGGAAGCUGGAACUCAGCAGAUGCGCCCGCAGGAGUGCAGGCCGAGGUCGGAGGCCUCAAAGGCGCCAGUGAAGCCGGCACGGAUGGACAGAAAGUGCAUGCGUAGACUCUGCUGAGAGACAGGGAGGAGGAGAGAAGGGGCGCGUUAAAGAAGCACAGCACAGAGUGUUUGCAUCCGUUUUAAAAGGGGGAGGGACGAUGGAGAGAAGAAAGGGCGAAGAGGUUGCGAGACGUCGGCGGAAGAAACAGAGGAGUGCUGAAAGGUUUCGCGAUCCCGGACCUUUUUCCGAGGGGCUGUGCAUCGACAAGCAGCUAGCGAAAGGCGACAAAGUCAAGGAUUUACUAACCCAACUGACAGGGUCUUUGGAAAGGGAAUGACAGCAGGCGCAAGUAUGUAUUUUUUCGAUUUCCGUUCCUCCCGAGUUUGCGCCUCUGCACGUGGCUUUUCCCCCUAUGCGUGUUUCCCUCUUUCAGUCUCUCUCCGUGUCUCAGUGUCCAAUUGAGAGAGGAAGGAGACAGUGGCUGUCACUGGUCAGCCUCGAUUUCAAGGGGAGUGAAGUAGACUGGUCGUCCUGUGGUGCUUCGUAUGCAGGGGACCUGCGAGUCGCAUCGGGGAAUGUGUCCUGCAGAAAAGAUGCCGUUUCUUGUGGAUUUUCCUUCCAUAUGUUGGGGUUGCUUUCCGUUCGUUGCUACUUCUUCUCCGCAGCAUGCUGUGGCCUCACGGAGCGCGACCUGCGGGCGUCUCUGUAGAUGCUUUUCCUGCAAGGACGACGACAGAAGGCAUCUUUUCUGGUGCUUUCUACCUGUGACACAGCGCUUCGCCUCAGGAGCCUCUGCGCCGUAAUCACUCUUCUUUCUCUGCGUUGCUUUCCACGUUUUCAACAGAGAAACGACCGCUCUAGGUAUAUAACCUUUCUAUAUGAAGGUUUUCUGUAAUUGCAGACGUACACAAGUGUAUAGAGAAAUUUCCAAGAGUGUCUUUGCACCCUCUGCUCGACGCCAAAGCCUUCAACCUUCAAGCAGGCUUGCGGCGGCUGAGGAAAAAACUUUUCCCGCGCUGGGGUUCGCUGCGGGACUCCCUCGAUGCAGAGGAGCGAACGGCGGGGAAUCUUUCUCAUGUUAUGCUGAGUGAAACUGCCCACGUUUCCUUGUACUGAACCUCCACACGCAAAAGGCAUCCCGAUGUAUAUACCCAUCGCCAACAUCAGAGCGUCUUCUGGGUAAAACGCACGUCAAGCACGCAAUUGAUCCUGGAGAACUGGCUGAAGCAGGGCCUGUUCACGCAGAAGUCUUAACAUGUCAACAACCUUGCGCAGGCAUGUAAGUUUUUCAUUGGCUGGGGGAGCGUUGCUGAAUGGUCCUUGAGGGACAAGAACAGCUAGUGUUUCCGGGGCACUGGAGAAAGCUGCAGAAAUGUGGGGUUGCUCGCAGCUGAACAUAUUGUAAGAUGACUAAACUUCAUGAGGCUCGUGGGAAUAAAUCGAUAGAACUGGUCACGACCCCCCAACCAGAAAGAGCACCGUACGUUUAGGAAGCGGCACCCACCACGUUAAGGGAGCUUAUGAUUCUCGCGAGCAAUUUGCUCUAAAUGUGAAGGCAGAAAGUGUUUUCUUUCGAGAUGAUGCCCUUUUUGUGGAAACGAGAAACUACCCAGAUGUUAAUAUGAUCAGUACCA